CGGCGGCGGCGCGCGGAGACGCAGCAGCGGCAGCGGCAGCAUGUCGGCCGGCGGAGCGUCAGUCCCGCCGCCCCCGAACCCCGCCGUGUCCUUCCCGGCGCCCCGGGUCACCCUGCCCGCCGGCCCCGACAUCCUGCGGACCUACUCGGGCGCCUUCGUCUGCCUGGAGAUUCUGUUCGGGGGUCUCGUCUGGAUUUUGGUUGCCUCCUCCAAUGUUCCUCUACCUCUGCUACAAGGAUGGGUCAUGUUUGUGUCCGUGACGGCGUUUUUCUUUUCACUUCUCUUUCUGGGCAUGUUCCUCUCCGGCAUGGUGACUCAAAUUGAAGCUAACUGGAACUUCCUGGAUUUUGCCUACCAUUUUACAGUAUUUGUCUUCUAUUUUGGAGCCUUUUUAUUGGAAGCAGCAGCCACAUCCCUGCAUGAUUUGCACUGCAAUACAACCAUGACCCUGCAGCCGCUCCUGAGUGAUAACCAGUAUAACAUAAACGUAGCAGCCACAAUUUUUGCCUUUAUGACGACAGCUUGUUAUGGUUGCAGUUUGGGUCUGGCUUUACGAAGAUGGCGACCGUAACACUCCUUAGAAACUGGCAGUCGUGUGUUAGUUUCAUUUGUCUACUUUAUAUGUCUGAUCAAUUUGGAUACCAUUUUGUCCAGAUGCAAAAACAUUCCAAAAGUAAUUUGUUUAGUAGAGAGAGAGACUAUCAAAGCUCAAAUUUUGGUUUAUUUCAUGGAUGGAAUGUUAAUUUUAUUAUGAUAUUAAAGAAAUGGCCUUUUAUUUUACAUCUCUCCCCUCCUUCCCUUCCUGAAAGUUUCCUUUUAUGUUCAUAAAAUACAAAUAUAUUAUUCAUAAAAAAUUAGUAUCCCUUUUGUUUGGUUGCUGAGUCACCUAAUUGGUAACUACAACUCCCUAAAAAAACUCAUUUCAAAUAGGCUUCGCACUGAACUCUAUAAUUUAGUGUAAACCAGGAAUUGGCACACUUUUUAAAAAAUGGGCCAGAAGGUAAAUAUUUAUGCUUCAUGAGCCAUACAGUCUGUCACAACUAUAGCAUGAAAGCAGCUGUACACAAUACAGAAAUGAAUGAGUGUGGUUAUGUUCUAAUAAAACUUUAUUUAUAAAAACAAGGGGAGGCUGGGUUUAACCUGUGGGCCAUAGUUUGUCGACCACUGGUGUAAAACCUUAGUUAUAUAUGUUCUGCAUUUUCUUGAACUGAUCAUGAAAACCUAUAAACCUAAUAGACAAGCCACAUAAUAUUUAGCUUCAUUAUGCAAUAAUCACAUUGCCUUUGUGUUAAUAGUCACAUACUUACCUUUGGAGGAAUGUAUGGUUUCUCAGACUAUCUCAGGCAGAGUCCUGGAUGUAGGCAAAAGUAAUUUAUGAAGUAAACUUUAGUCGCUUAAUCAAACUAAUGAUAGUCUAACAACUGAGCAAGAUCCUCAUCUGAGAGUGCUUAAAAUGGGAUCCCCAGAGACCAUUAACCACUACUGGAACUGGUAUCUAGCUACUUAUGUCUUACUUUGAGUUUAUGCUUCAGUAUACAGUUGUUUGCCCUGUGCAUGAACAUACCCAUAUUUGUGUGUGGAUAUGUGAAGCUUUUCCAAAUAGAGCUCUCAGAAGAAUUAAGUUUUUACUUCUAAUUAUUUUACAUUACUUUGAGUUAAAUUUGAAUAAAGUUGUAGAUUCUUGUUUUUGCAUUAGCCCAGACAUCUAUAUUGUUUUUGCACUGGUGACAGACAAAAUCAGUUUUAAAAUCAUAGCCAGCACAAAAACUAUUUCUGGCUAAAUAGCACAGAAAAGUAUUUUAACCUACCUGUAGAGAUCCUGGUCAUGGAAAGGUGCCAAAAUGUUUUGAAUGGAAGAACAAGUUAGAGUGAGGCCACAGUUCCCACCACACUAGGGCUUUUGUAUUGCUCUACUCUUUCAGCCCUUUACUUUCUGGCUGAAGCAUCCCCUUGGAGUGCCAUGUAUAAGUUGGGCUAUUAGAGUUCAUGGAACAUAGAACAACCGUGAAUGAGUGGCAUGAUCAGUGCUUAAUGAUCAAGUAUUACCUAUCUAAUAAUCCUCUAGAAAGAACCCUGUUAGAUCUUGGUUUGUGAUAAAAAUAUCAAGACAGAAGACAUGAGGAAAUGAGGCAUAUGACUUUGUACUUACAUCAGAUAUUUUCUGUAAUAUCCUACUUCCUUGGUUUUCCCAGCUCCAUACCACACACCUAAACCUGUGUUAUGAAUUACAUAUUACAAAGUCAUAAAUGUGCCAUAUGGAUAUAUAGUCUAUUCUAGUUGGAAUCGUUUAGUCUGCUAGAAUUUAGUUGUGAGACUUUUUUUGUUUCCCAGUAUAGCAGUCUUCUGUGUGG